GGAGGAAGCACUGGGAGGUUCUGGACUCUGGAGCAAAGGGGGGUGUUUCUCAUGGAUGUCCUGAGGUGCUGAGUGCAGUGCAGGGGUCUCUGUCUGUAUCUCUGACACCCCCAGGUCUCUGUCCUUCUUUCUGGGUCUCUGUCUCCCCCACCCCCUGGGUCUCUGAAAUCCUGAACUUCUCCGUCCCCUUCUGCCCGCCUCUUUCUGACUCUCCAUCCCCCACUCCGUGUUUCUCUGUGCCCCUCUUGGAGUCCCUGUCCCUCUGUCUCUGGGUCUCUUAAUCACUCCAUCCAUCCAGGUGCCUGCAGGCCUUUCAUUGGCUGGAUUGGGGUAGGCGGGUUCUGUCACCUGGGGCAACAGCAACAAACCAGCUCCUGCUCGGCUACAGAGAGGGGGUGGAACCAUGGCCAGUGGCACCCUGGCUCUGCGCUGUGGCCCCCCGUGGUCUUCCAUCUCUGCAACGGAGAUGCCUGAAUCCUGGCCCAACUGGCAUUUCACCAGCAGCUACGUUACCCAUGGCAUUAUCCCACCCGUACCCUUCACCCCGCCCACGGUGCUGUCCACGGUCGCGGACCCUCUACCUCCGACUGCAAAGCAGGAUUCUCGCAUCUGGGCUUUCGACGAGGUCCUCAGCAGAUGGGAGACAACCUCUGGCUCGGCCUACGUGCCCAAGACCCAUGGCUGGCCCUGCGCCCAGCCCAGAGCCCCAGAGCCUGCAGACCCCACGCGGACUGUGGGGAUCAAGGAUUCAGGAGAAAAGCUCAGACACCGCGGCUGGUGCCUCCCACUGACCACAAAGUACCAGAGCAGCGAGCCGAGGGCGCAGUACACUUGCUCUCCAGGCCCGGACGCGCGCGCCCCCAAAUACAUCGGGCCCCAGCCCUCACAACUCUCAACCCACCACCGCGGGGGGCCUUCCCAGGCUCUAAUCUCCUGCACGCAGAACCCCGCGCUGUCUGGCCGGCCUUUCACAGUAUCCGACCGGGGCGUCCUGGACCGCCGCCAGCUCUAUCUAACCACCUCGGCGCGGGACUUUCGGUUCUAUCCCAAGACGGAGCUGUCCGGAUACCCCCGCAAGGACUACCUGACAUACUGGAGUUUCGAAGAGAGGCCCCAACUCUGGAGUCACGACUCGCAGCGGCAGCCCUGUCUCUGCUCCUCCCGGCCGCCUCCAGCGCCGCACGGCGGGGCCCUGUCUCUGGCUCAGGAAUCCUACAGCCCCUCGCUGCACCCGCUCCGACGGCUCGACCGCUUCCGCCCGCUGGAGGCGACCUGGCGUGGCCCCCACUGGAAGCCCCUGCCGGGCAUCCACAGCCUCCCGAAAGCCUACAGCACCGAGAACUCCCGCUCAGGCAGCUGGAAGCCGGCGCUAGUGGGAGCCUGCCCGGCCAGCCCCACCCCAGACACGCUCCCUGGCCUGGGGGCGGAGCGGAGCUCUGGACCUCCGCUCACUACCCAGUGUCCGGACCUAGGCGGGCUCGCACUCAUUAAGUCUAUCCGCAGUGUGGGGACAGGACUAGCCCAGACACGCCCACCCAGCUGCGGCAGGAUCGCGGGGAAGGGACUAAGUCCAGAUAAUGUCCCCGGAGGCUGUGGACCCGCGGGCAGGACACACCUCCUGCGGGCCUAUUCAAUAAUCAGUCAAAUCACCUGAAGCACACGCAUUUCCGGGGACCGCUCCGGGUAUCCUGGCUUGAGGGUAGAGUGGGCGAAGGUUCCUAAGGGAGAGGUGUGGCUCGGGCUGAAUCCCUCGUUGGGGGGCAUCUGGGUCAAGUGGCUUCCCUGGCAGCACAGUCACGGGGAGACCCUCUCUCACUGGGCAGAAGCUAAGUCCAAAGCAGCGCCCCUCCUGGGAGGUUAGACUGUGGCGCAGGAAAGCUUCAAAUAGAGGAGGGUUGAGGCUUCAGUCCAGCACCUUUCUCGGGUCAGGGCCUCCUCCUGGCUCCCAAGACCCCACCAUAGGCAGAGGCAGGCCUUCCUACACCCUACUCCCUGUGCCUCCAGCCUCGACUAGUCCCUAGCACUCGACGACUGAGUCUCUGAGGUCACUUCACCGUGGUCUCUGUCUCAUCCUUGGCGCCCGACCACUGAGGGGAGAGGGCUGGGGCGCUCUGCUGAGGCACUCCUGCACCUCCCUGUCCUUGUCUACCUCUCGUCCCCCGAGGGGUUAGUGUCGAGUUCACCCCAGCAUCCUAUCACCUCCUGGUGGCCUUGCCGCCCCCACAACCCCGAGGUAUAAAGCCAGGUACACGAGGCAGGGGACGCACCAAGGAUGGAGAUGCUCCAGGUAAGACUGCAGGGCCCCUGGGCACCUUCCACCUCCCUCCAGGCCAUCACUGGCAUGAGAAGCGGCAGACCCGUGUGAGCGG